UGCUGAGGGGGCUCGGAGACUAUCACUCUUUCCCUCUCCCUUCACCUUGCUCCCCUUCCCACUUUUUCUUAAGGUGUCCCUUCCUUCCUUCCUUCCUUGGGUCGGUGUUUUGGUGUGGGAGAGUGGCUGAAUAUAGGAGGGGAGAAGGGAUUUACACCCCCUGGUACCCUCUUUCACUUCCACUCCUCUCCCGGUAGACCGGAGCUGAGCAGCUUCUCAAUCUCCCGCCCCCACCCCACCCCUUCACCCCUUCCCCCUUCCUCCUUUUGCAUGUUAACGAACCUUCUCACACCAGCACGUGGAGGGUUAGCAGAGGGAGGGGGCUAGCCCUGCCUGCCUGUCUAUCUAGUUAUCUCUUCCAGACUAGGCUGAUCAGUUCGGGAGGGGGGAAAAAUCACUUUACUUUCACACCCUGUCCCUGCCUCCGCCAGUCUCUCGUAGACAUGCAGCGGGAAAGGAUGCAGGGCUCCCCGAACUGCAGCUAAACAGAGGGGUGGGUGGGCUGGGAGUAGGGGAGGGAGGGGGGAUCGAGCUCCCAGCCCAGCCGCAGAUUAUUUAGUGGGGAGAGGAGUGAAGGGGACUACACCCCGGGGUGGCCGACCCUCCCUCGGUCCCUUCGGGUCAAAGAAUCAGUCCCCUUUCACCCCCUCCUCACCGCCACCCCCCCGUGGGCCGGAGGGGCCCAUGCAGCCGUUAAGCUCUUCUUCCAGGGAGAGGAUAGUGGUAAAAGACCGAGCUGGAUGGAUGGGUAUGGGGAGAGGGGCAGCACCUACAGCCCUGGGAUUCUUGCAGACCCUCGCUGUCUUUCUCUGCAUCUUCCCUGCAGCCACUUCUCAGUGCAAGAUCCUCAAGUGUAACUCGGAGUUCUGGACUGCUACGUCAGGCACUCACUACCCAGGAUCUGAAGACACCCCUGAAUUCUGCACCGCUCUUCGUGCUUACUCUCACUGUACCCGGCGCACAGCCCGCACGUGCAGAGGGGACCUGGCCUACCAUUCAGCUGUCCAUGGCAUAGAAGACCUAAUGAGCCAGCACAAUUGCUCCAAGGAUGGUCCCACCUCACAGCCCCGUCUCCGAACCCUCCCACCAGGAGACAGCCAGGAGCGGUCUGAUAGUCCAGAAAUCUGUCACUAUGAAAAGAGUUUCCAUAAACAUUCAGCUCCCCCCAACUAUACCCAUUGCGGGCUGUUUGGAGACCCUCACCUCAGAACUUUCACGGACCGAUUUCAGACCUGCCAAGUACGAGGGGCUUGGCCUCUCAUUGACAAUAAUUACCUGAACGUGCAGGUGACCAACACUCCAGUGCUGCCAGGAUCUGCAGCUACAGCCACCAGCAAGCUAACUAUCAUAUUCAAGAAUUUCCAGGAGUGUGUCGAACAGAAGGUAUACCAGGCAGAAAUGGAUGAGCUCCCGGCAGCUUUUGCUGAUGGCUCCAAGAACGGUGGUGACAAACAUGGGGCCAACAGCCUGAAGAUUACUGAGAAGGUGUCUGGCCAGCAUGUAGAGAUCCAGGCCAAGUACAUUGGCACCACCAUCAUUGUGAGGCAAGUGGGCCGAUACCUGACUUUUGCUGUGCGCAUGCCAGAAGAAGUAGUAAAUGCGGUAGAGGACAGGGACAACCAGGGCCUCUACCUCUGCCUCCGGGGUUGUCCCCUCAAUGAGCAGAUUGACUUCCAGUCUUUCCAUGCCACAGAGAGCUGGGGUCCUCGGAGGAAGGGGCCCAACACUCCUGUUUCCUCCCCAGAGAUCUUUACUUAUGAGACGGCCACGGCCAGGUGCAAGGAGAAACUUCCAGUGGAGGACCUCUACUUCCAGGCCUGCGUGUUUGAUCUAUUGACCACAGGGGAUGUGAACUUCACGCUUGCUGCUUACUAUGCCUUUGAGGAUGUCAAGAUGCUGCAUUCCAAUAAGGACAAGUUGCACCUCUAUGAAAGGACAUGGGACUUGCCUGGCAAUGCAGCCCCCUCGGGGCAGUGCCAGGUGUUCCUCCUUUUCCUCGCAGCCUCGGUGUGGUGUUUGGUCUCAGUGUUCUCGUAGGUGUUUGUUGUGCAACCUAGAGGAAAUAGACUUUAGAGUGGAAGGAGAGGGCAGCCCCCUUCCUUGGGAACAUCUGUCUUUUUUUGACCUGGUCAGAAUCCCCCAGGGAGCAGAAGAGUUCUCACAUCUCUGUCACCCGUCUUCUCUUUCCGAAGAGAAAAGAGGGGAAUGUACCGAUCCAGCAGGCAGGUUGCUGAGAGACUGUUACCUCACGGAGACAGAUUUUUGCUUCCUUUGCUGGCGAGGGUGAGGGGGUAUCCGUGCCCACCCCCCAGUUACUGCUCUCUUAGUAGUGCUACAAAGGCUCUAGUGACCGUGAUGUUGGCAUUUGUGAACAUAGCAUUGUGUUUGAAUAUUGGGUAGCUGCUGCCACCUGGCUGUUUCAUCAGUGGGGGUGAAAAAGAUGCUCCAUCCCCAAACUUCUCCCCUGCCCCAUCCCUGUCAUAUGAAUGUGCAAACCAUAAGACGCCCUGCACUGUGUGCCUCGUGGAACACGAGACUCCUUUUUCUCAGAUCUCUCUCACACACACACACACGCACGCGCGCACAACAAGCCAGGUGCGUGCUCACACAUGCACGUGUAAAAUGCACUGAACUAGUGGACAGAGAUGCCUGUGACACGCACGGGUUUCUGCUGACCCUUGGAGAAGCACACACGCACACAUAACCUCACGAUCACGCCAUGCCUCCCCGGCAGCCCCCUCACCCAGAAACACAGGUAGAAAAUUCAGAGGGCUUCCACUAAUGAUCGUCUCCUUUCUCUGGGAGUGCUCCGAUGCCCUGCGGAGGUACAGGGUCUGAGAAUGAGAAGAGUUGGGUUUGAGGAAGCCCAGCGGACCCCUAAACAUAGCGCCUAACCAUAGAGUAGACCUUCCUCAGCUUUCAUUUGGCUCUGUGCUGUGGGGCGUUCUUGCCAUCGCCAAAAGGCAUUUCCUGUAGUUCCCUCCCUCUCUACCCAUGGGUUUGCAGGGUGAUUCGGGCGCAAGAAGUGCUAGGAGCCUGGAGAAUCGAGUUCUUGUGCCCAUACGGCUUCCCCUUGCUCCCCUGCCCGCCGCCUGCUCCAGCACAGCUCCCCAGAGUAUCGUGCGGAGGGAGCUCCAUUUGCAAACAGCAGAGACAUGACUUGUGUUCUAGGAUGUAACUUAUAUUGUCUCCAUAGUAGACCGAAUCCUUUCCAUUAACGUGUUUUUUGUUCUCUCCCCCAGUGUGACUGUACAUAUGAAGAGAUAGAAUUGGUUUUAAAUGUUUAAACAGAAAAAAAAUGUGUUUACUACUUCGGCCCCUUCCUGGGACAGUGAUGGCGAGGGCGGCUCAAGAGGGAAGUGCACGGUAGUAAUAUAGCCAACAGGGCAAGCCAUGGAGGCUCCGGGGUGGACGGGGCCAGCUGGCCUGCCCCAUUCACCUCCAGUUUCCUGGUUCCUGGCCUCAGAAAAUCAUUUGUUGCCUCCCUCUGUGAAACAGCAGCCAUUCUUCCAUUUCCCUGUCCUGCUGCCGCUAAACUGUGGACCUCAGGAGGGCAGAUGAGACAUCUGCUGGAGGGCAGCUCCCUUCCUCGUUCCCCAGUGUGGGGCCCCUGGGGGGGAGGGAAUAUCUCCCUGGCUGGCCCUUCACCAUUGACUACAGUAAGUGAGAAGAGGAGAAAAACCUCCUGAUACCCGAGUCAGCCUGAACUUAACAGCCAUCCCCCCCAUGAUGUUUUAUAGAAAGGACAUGAGAAUUUUCCUCCCUGUAGAGAGGUGACCCUUGAAAGUCUGUGUGUGAAAGUCCAGCCUUUCAGAGCCUGUGCAGAUCUGGGGGCUCCUCAGCCCUCCCCACCCCCGUCCCAUGAAACACUCCCCAGAAGGACUUUCUCUCAGCCAAUAAGCAUUGCCAAGGGAGCUACCUGGGGCCCUGCAGAGCCCAUUCCCUUUAGGACCCCUCCUGCCCCGGCUCAGUGGGUCCAGGACCUUCCUGGCAGCAAGGACUUGCUUAUCUCCAAGAAGUUUAGUUCUCUCUGCCAAAGCCACGAAGCAUAGCAGGAAGGGCACCCCUUACUGCUCAUUGUAAGAAUACCCUGUUGGGAGUAAAAAGUGAAGCACUUUAUUUUGGUUGUGUUUGAUCAAGUUCUGCUUAAAGGUGAAGAAACCUCACUGUAUCCAUGUGUGUAAAACCUAUGUGGAGUGUCACCGCAUGUACAUACUGUAAAUUAUUUAUUGAUGAAAUAAUGCAAGUAAAGUUAAGUUUGGUUGUUCCUC